AUGAACAGAGUUUUCCAGUCAUUACGUAGAAGGGUUUCAAGUUCAGAAACUUCUAAUAGUCAAAAUUCCACUGAUAAUAAUAAUAUUAAUGAUAAUGAUAAUAACUCUAAUAAUUCACAAGGUGCAAAAAAUAAACAAGAUUCAAAAAAUGUAAAAAAUAUUAAGCAAUCAAAUACUUCUAAUACGUCAUCCUCUUCUACACAAAAUACUGGUUCAAACAAUACCUAUGAUGAUCUCAACUUAUCAAAAAAUGACGAAACUCAAGUUAAAUCAUCUCCUACCACUGAUUCUCAUUUAAUCACUAACUGCUCCUCAUCAAAUGUAAAUACAUUCUUAAAUACUGAUUUAGACGACCAUUUAAAACUAAAAGUGUCUUCAAAUAGUAAAUACAACAACUCUUCUCGAAAUUUUGAGAUAAACAAAUCAGAAUCAGUAAAUUUUGAUGUCAAUAUUUCUUUUCCUCCAAUAGAGUUUAUCAAAAAUGAAAAAUUUGCAUUUCUUCAAGCUUUUUGCAUAGAUCAUGAGGAUGAAAGCAAUAGGUCUUCAGAUGAAGAAUCUAAUACCAACAAAAAAUUUAAUCAAGAAGUUGCUGAUAUAAAUAGCGAUUUUGGAAAUCAUUCUGAUAUUGAAUCAAACUAUUUAAGUAAUUCAAAUCUUUUAUUACCUACUGGAUUAAUUGAAACAAGCCAUGGUAUUUCUCUUACUGAUGAUCCGUUUUCUGCGCUUCCUUUAUUACAAAAUAUUAAGUCCCCUGAUGAUAUUUUAUUGCUUAUUAAGAAAAAACUUAUUGCAUGUUGCAUUACAUUCAACUUUACAAAUAAUUCUUAUUCAAAUCUUAAAGAAAAAAAAAGAGAAACCUUAUUGGAGCUUGUUGAAUAUAUUAAUAAUAAUGAUCAAAUUUUUCAAGAAGAAAUAAUACCUGAUGUACUCUUAAUGAUCACAAGUAACAUAUUUAGGCCAUUCAAUCAGUGCCAUGCUAACCUUAACACAGGAAAUUCUUUCUUGCAAUCUAACAAUGCUUCUGGUAAUACAAGUAAUAUAAGUAUUCAUUCAUCUAAUAAUUCUACUAAUAAUGGAUCAUCUUUAAAUGGUUCUGUUGGUAAUUCUAUCUCGGAAUCCAAAGAUGAUGAACAACUUUUAGAACCUAGUUGGCCACACUUGCUUGUUAUUUAUGAGUUUUUUCUCAGAUUUGUUAUUAGCCCCCAAUUUAGUACAAAAGUUGCAAAAAAAUACAUUGAUAAUACUUUUAUCCUUAAACUCAUUGAUUUAUUCCAAAGUUUUGAUCCCAGAGAAAGAGAUUAUCUUAAAACGAUUCUACAUAGAAUUUAUGGUAAAAUCAUGCCAAGAAGAAGUUGUAUUAGAAAAUCUAUGAAACACAUCUUCUUAAGAGUUAUCAUUGAUGGUGAACCUUACAAUGGAAUUGCUGAAUUACUCGAAAUUUUUGUCUCUAUUGUUAAUGGUUUUACAAUUCCUCUUAAAGAAGAACAUAAAAUAUUUCUUGAAACUGCACUUAUUCCAUUACAUAAAGCAAAAUAUAUUUCAUCUUUCCAUCAACAAUUGAUCUACUGCUUAAUACAAUAUAUUGAGAAAGAUACCAAACUCUCUGUACCUAUUAUAGAAGGUGUACUUAAAUAUUGGCCAAUUACUAAUUCAUCCAAACAAAUUCUAUUUCUAAAUGAACUUGAAGAACUUCUUGAAAUUACUCCUACAAAUUAUAUUGAACCAAUUCUAAUCCCAAUUUUUGAAAGGCUUGCAAGUUGUAUUCAAAGUCCACAUUUCCAUGUUGCUGAGAGAGUAUUGUAUCUUUGGAAUAAUGAUAUCAUUGUUAACCUUAUUAAUGAAUAUAAAUAUGAAAUAUAUCCUGUACUUAUUAAAGCAUUAUCAUGUAAUGGCAAAAAAUUACAUUGGAAUCCAACUGUACAUGGGUUAUCAUUUGUUGUUAAUAAAGUUCUAUCAGAUACAGACCCUGAAUUAUUUUCACAAAUUAUUGAACAAUUUAAUGACGAUAGUGCUAAUGUUGAGAUUCAAAAAAAAGAAAGGGAAGAAUAUUGGAAGUACAUUAUUGAGCUUGCAGAAAGUAUGGAUUAA